AUGUUCGGCGGACAGCCUGCACGCAUGCAGCCCUCCUCCACUGGCAGAAGCAUUUUCGGAGCUCCCUCUGCCCCGCAGCAACAAGGCGGAGGCCCAUCUGUUCCAUCCCCCAAUCCUUUCAGCUUCGGGUCCGCCUCAUCAACGCCAGCCUCAACGUCGUCAGCCUUUGGCGGAGGCUUCGCACGAAAGCCUCCAGAAGCCACCCAGCGUGCGGUAUCCCCAGUCGUCUCAGAUACUUUCUCCCGUCCUCCUUCUCCUACAUCAUUACUGGGCUCCGAAACGCCAGUGCCUGGAACUCUGUUGAUUGGAUCCUUGGAGGAGUCGCGAGGCCCUGCCACUAGACACAAGAGCAUGUAUUUCGAGAGCAUGAUCAUCUUCAAGGCUGGCAAUACGCUCUUCAAGGUUCCGCGCUUCGGGCUGCCGGAAGAGGGCGUGUUCUCGGAUAUGUUCACCUUACCUGAAGUUGAGGGCACAGUCGAUGGUACCAGCGAUGACAACCCUAUCGUUCUCCCAUCUCAAGUGACAGCGCACGACUUCCAAAGCUUGCUGAAAGCAUGUCAUCCUCUCGUUCGGCACGGAGACUCAAGGCUCGUGCUACAAGAAUGGCUUGCUGUCGCCAAGGUAUCCACGAUAUGGUGUAUGGAUAAGCUACGAGCGAACGCGAUCGCGCGAAGCGAGGAACUUUUCCCUGCAAACUAUCCACCUGUCGAGCGACUCCUCGUCGGACGAGAGUUGCGCGUAUCAGGUUGGAUGAUCAGAGCGUACGAAGAGCUCGGGAGAAGGCUAGCCCUCUUGAACGCACAGGAGCGUGAGCUUCUGGGUACCACCAGGUCAUUCAAGGUUAUGGAGCUCCGCGAGCGUAGCAUGCGCUGGGCAGAGAAGCGCCAGGGUCGUUCUCGCACGCAGUACGACUUCCGCCGGAAAGUAAAGCAAUUGUUCGCCGCGGACCUCGCUAGAGAUAAAGACUACAGGCCGUAA